GGGGUGAAGCUUCGAACGCUGUCUCCUCUCCUUCGCCCCCAGCUUGAGCAGAGAGCGGAGCAGCGAGACAGUGGUGAGGAUGAUGCAGUUGGCGAGUCCUGCUACCGCCCAACUCGGCCUGCCCACCCUACACCAUGCCCGAUUCCCAUCUCCCAAAUCUCUCUUUGCUUCUUCUCUCGCCUCCGGAACCGCCGUCACUUCAAAGUCCAAGGGCAGGCAUUUCUGGCCGCUUUCGGUAUCGGCUUCCGCCGCCGCAUCCACCGAGGCCCUAGAAGCCUCGUCCGAUGUCGAUCAAUUUGAUGACGGCGAGCGAGCCGCGGAGAAACAGUUGGGCGUGGUGGUGAUGCCGAUAGAGAAGCCGCGGUUGGUUCUACGGUUCAUCUGGAUGGAGAAGAACAUAGGACUGGCGCUUGACCAGGUGAUCCCCGGACACGGCACCAUCCCGCUGAGCCCUUACUACUUUUGGCCGCGCAAGGAUGCGUGGGAGGAGCUCAAGACCAAGAUCGAGGAGAAGCCUUGGAUCUCGCAGAAACGCAUGAUCAUCCUCCUCAACCAGGCCACAGACAUCAUCAACCUCUGGCAGCAGAGUGGUGGCAACCUGUAGCACCCUUCCUCCACUUCCUUGCACUUAUUUUCUUAUUCUCUACAGUUGGUUUCAUGAUGAUAAUACAAAAUUUUACCAUUUAUGCAUUCACUUCCUAGGAGACUUGUCAAACUAACCUUUAAUCUUAAGUAAUUCAAAGUUCUUGUGUUCAAAAGUAGGUUGAUACUGUGUUAUAGAAUUUUUCUAAUUAUGCAUUUAUUUUCAAGGAUAUUUGUCAAACUAAUCUAACUUUGAAUCUUCAUUCAAAGUUCUUGUGUUCAAAAGUAUAUGGAUGUUGUGUAA